GAUUCUGAAGAACCUCGAUAGCCCGGCGUCUUUCAUGUCUAUUGCUCCGCAUGCUAGGAUUCCUCCCAUGUCGAUAUCAAGAUCUGUUCCGGUUUUCUUUUGCCAUAGGUCGUUCGCCAUCUGCCAUACUUGGCUCUGUCCCGCUGCGUUGCAUCUUAGCAAAGUCUUUGUGUCUUGUCGCCAUCCAGAUCCUCUCUUUCGACGCUCGUCCUUUUGACUCUGGGGUCCGGUUAAUCGUCGCUUCCUGUGCUCGUUCCAUGUUGGCCCUCGUUGCUUUGCGGUCUAGAGCAUCUUGGUAUUUAUCGUUCUGCAUUCUUGGAGUUUUGCUCCCGGGAGGGUUAGCCCGUUGUCAAUUACUGUGUCUAUGAUGUCAGGUUUAUCUUUUCUACGUCCUUCGUCUGCCAGUCUGUCGGCUUCUUCGUUCCCAUGUACCCCGGAGUGUCCCUUAACCCAUUUUCAUUGCUUCACCGUUGGCUGCUAGGAGGAAUCCCUGAUCUUCGUUCUUUUUUAGGUCUUUGGUCAGCCCGUUUAUGGUGUACAUCGAGUCUGAUUGGAUAUGGAUUGGUGCACCCGAGGGGUUUAGUUCGUUCGGGAUCUUUAUUGCGGUGUUCAGCGUGUUGUCUCCUUCGAAGUAUAUGCCCGAGCCGGCUUCUGCUCCCUCGUUACCGUUGUUUGUGGCCGAUCCGUCUGUGAAUACAUUCCAUUCGACUGUUUCUUCUUCGGGGUUCUCUGCUGGUCUGCGAUCUGGGGCUAUCUUGCUUGUGUUCUGUUCUCCUUCGGUGAAGAUGCGGAAGAGAUCUCCAAUUGUUCCGGUGGUCGUCAAUCUCUGGUCUAUGUCUCUUGAUACGGCUUCGUUUUCUUCAUUUGUUUUGGGGGCCAUCUGUGACUCAUAGUCUUCUGGCUGGCUUUUCCGUGGGUCCCAUUUCGGGUCUAGGGAGUCUAGCAUUGCUUUCGCCUUUUCGUAACAUAGUCUUGGGUUGUUG